AUGUUUGGUCUCCUCCUGGGGACUUUGCAAAAAUUUAAAGACGAAGCUAAACACAGAAAAGAUAAGCAUGACCAGCGUAAACAGGUCGAAUUAAAAUUAGAAGAAAAAGCUCAGCAGGAAAGAGACGAAAUCCGUAAAGAACGUGAACUGUUGUUUCAAAACAGACGUGAAAAACAAGCUAGAAUUCGUCUUCUGGAACAGAAAAUGGAAUUAGUUGCCACACACGAAAAGUGUGAGGCCGAAAUACGCAAGCUGACCAAUUUUAUCUGCACGAAGACCAAACCUUGCAUUUUUUAUCUGCCCAAAGUACACACUCCGGCCACGGAGGGUCGAUUGACCGAAACUAGUAAAGUUGUUGAAGACAUGAUCGGAGAACGUCGUCGAAGACUUACAGCUGAAAUCAAUGAACUUAUGGGUCCUUCAUCCCUUGCUUCUACCAUUGAGGCCGGGGAGGACCAAGAGAUGGAUGAAGACGACGACGACGACGACGACGGGGAAAACAACCCCGCCGGUCGAAAAGAAUCAGCACAAGGCACUGGGAGCAACAACAACAACAACAAGCGAUAUCAUCGUGGAGGUUUCAGUGGUAAGGACUGGUCAAAAAACAACAAAGAUAAUCGGAAGCCAUCAAAAAGGUCUUCCUCCUCAACUGGAGGUGGGGGUAGUGACCCCCAUCACCAUCACUCGGAUAACAAAUCCAGUAGUAAGCAUGGACGAGGUUGGGAUGAAAGACAACCCGAAGUGCACCGGGGUGUCAAAUCCUCCAAGGAUCAGUCAUUUGUAAGUGGCGGAGCAUCUUCAGCGAUCUCAUCCAAGGCUCUGUCUAAUAAAUGGCAGCUACUCAUGGAAAUGGACAGUGGUUUAGAGGAAGAUGAAGAAAAGUCAGUUAUACCUUCAACUAUUUUCAAGCCAGUCCUUCCUUUAUCGCCCACCUCUGUAUCUGUCACAUCUUUGUCGUUGCUACCCUGUCCACGUGAUGAACACGAAGAGGAAGCGAUGGAAGUCGACAAGAGGGAGGUUCGCCUGGAGGAGAACAGUAUGAAUGGAACGGAGGACAGGCGGUUGGUGGAGGCUACCUCCAGUAGUUCUGGUGGAGGAGGUAGUGGUGGUGGUCGAAGGGUUGUCUUGUCAGCAGAUGUUGAUGAGGAAGAAGAAGAUGAUGAUGAUGACAACAAUCACGACGAGGUUCCAACAAUGGCAGCAGCUGAUAAGUGA